AUGGACGCAGCAACAGAAACAGCGCAGGCUGACGCGGCUCAUCUGAACGAUUUUGGCAAGGCUACCGUCCAGUUCCUCAAGUAUGGCCAGCGGUUCAGCAAUAACCUACAGUCCGCCUUUGAAGACAUGGGUCCCAAGGAGUGGCUGCGUCUCGUCAUCAUCGCCGGAGGCUACAUGCUGUUCCGCACCCAGAUCAUGAGGUGGCUCGGGAGGCGCCAGCUCGACGAGAUGGAGAAGCAGGAUGCCAAGGAAAAGGUCGCCAAGAUCUCGCCCAACGAGCUGCGUGGAGCCAAGGCCCCCGGUGACGAGCUCGACGAUCUCGACAAUGAGGAUGCUCAGGCUACCUCUGCCGACUGGGGCUCCAAGGCUAGGACCAGGCAGAGGCUCAUGCUCAAGCAGCUCAUGGAGGCUGAGGAGAGGAGGAAACAGGAAGAGGACGAUGACAAGGACAUUGCCGACCUUUUGGAGGAUUAA